AUGAAAGCCUAUGAUAGGCUAAACUGGGGAGCUAUUGAUCAAGUGUUGUCUUGUUUUGGUAUUCCCUUGAAAUUUCGCAAUUGGAUAUCCCAGUGCGUCUCCACCACUACUCUCAACAUCUGCCUCAAUGGGGGGCAAGUGGGAUCGAUUAACCCUUCCUGUGGCCUCCGCCAAGGGGAUCCUCUGUCUCCUUACUUGUUCAUUUGGACGGCUGAGAUUCUAUCUAGACUCCUAAAUUGUGCCCUAGAUAGGAACAGUAUUAAAGGUAUAAGACUGAGUAGAGGAGGUCCGGUUCUAACCCAUAUAUUCUUUGCUGAUGACUUAAUCUUAGUGGGGAGAGCUAACUUGGAUGAAGUCAGAGGUUAUUGGCAGUGUCUGGAGAGUUUUUGCUCUUGGUCUGGGCAACAGGUUAAUAAACUCAAAACCUCCAUCUUCUUUAGUAAGAAUACGCCAAGGGGCCUGAGACAGGAGAUUAAAGAGAUGUUGGGUAUUGGAUCCCCGGAUGGAAACGUUAAAUACCUUGGAUUACCCCUCUUCAGAUCUCGUCAAAAGGAUGCCGAUUUCAACUUUAUUCUGGAUAACCUCUCUACAAAACUUCAAGGGUGGAAAGCUAAAACCCUCUCCAAAGCCGGCCGGGCGACUCUCAUUAAGUCAGUAGGCCUGUCUAUGCCGAUGUAUGCCAUGCAAACUACUAAGUUAUCUAAUAGAAUGGCAUCCAGAAAUGAUAGUAUGGUGCGUGACUUCUGGUGGGGUUUUGAGAAGGACAACCACGGGCUCUAUCUUAAAGCGUGUGACAAGUUAUGUCUUCCAAAAUCUUUGGGAGGUCUGGGGUUUAGGAAAUCGAGAGAAAUGAAUCAAGCUUUUAUUGCCAUGUGGGGGUGGAAUAUCUUGAAUAAAAGCCAAUCUCUGUGUUGCAGAGUGCUUACUGCUAAAUAUCUGAGAGGAAAAGAGUUUCUGACUUGUGAUUCCAAGAGUUCUGAUUCCUGGUUUUGGAAAAACGUCAUUAAAACUAGGAACAUUAUAAGGAAAGGUGCCUGCAAGAUGGUGGGAGAUGGAAGGGAUACUCGAAUCUGGGAGGACCCUUGGAUUCCCCACUUAAAGGAUUUCAGACCAAAGCCUCGCUCUUUAAAUGCUGGAGAUUACACUUAUGUGGCUGAUCUGAUCUUAGAUCGCCGAUGGGAUGUUCAUAAACUUAAUAGCCUGUUUGAUCAUGUGACUGUGUCGGCUAUUUUGAGAGGAGGAGUUCCGAGUGGUUUAGGGCAGGACAAGUGGGUUUGGACUCUUGAAAAGGAUGGACAUUUCUCCUGCAAAUCUGCCUAUCUCUCUCAAGCAUUGGGGAGAGCUCCCCAGUGUGUAGUGGCUCCUUCUUUGUGGAACAAACUCUGGAAUAGUAAAGUGAUGGAACGACACAAGGUUCUCUGGUGGUGCAUCCUCUCCAAUGCUCUCCCUCUUAGAUCUGUUAUUAACAAGCGAUUUCAUAUUGAGGAGGUGAGGUGCCCUCUUUGUGGGGGGAGGAAGAAACUGUGGAACAUCUAUUCCUUACCUGUGAUAUUGCUCUUCAUGUCUGGCGCUCUUCUCCUUGGGGUAUUUACCCCACUCAAGAUAACGGAAUUAGACUGUGGGAUUGGGUCAAAUUCAUCUGGGAUCUACUUGCGUGAUACUGUUUUCCCUAUCCCCACUUCGGGCCGAGAGGAGUGCUGGAUCCCCCCUCCUCAGGGCUGGAUCAAACUGAACUGUGAUGUAAGAGUGGGGCUUGAUAGCAUGUGUUUAGCGGCGGUGGCCAGAAACCAUCUGGGUGAGGUGGUGAAGGUCCACACGGCUUGUUUGGAUUUCACUGAUGCGUUAUGUGGGGAAGCAGCGACUUGCUGUUUGGCUAUCUCUGCAGCCUUAGAAGUGAAAGCCCAGUAUAUCAUUGUGGAGAGCGACUCGAGGGUCUUGUAA